UCCUUGCGUAAGGACGAGGAACAAGGGCACAACCGGGAAAUAACAACGACCAAUCGCUGUCAGGAAGUUCCUGGAUCAUGGAGAAAGUUCAAGCCAAAAAGGUGUUAGCUAACAAAGGAAAUGAGAUCUGUGAGGAAAUUGGCUGUCCUGGAGAAGGAAAGAUGUCAUCAAGCAGUAAGAUUUACAUGGAUUACAAUGCAACCACCCCCCUGGCUCCUGAGGUGAUUCAGACAGUUAGCGAAGCCAUGCAAGAAGCAUGGGGCAAUCCUAGCAGUUCCUAUGCAGCAGGUCAAAGGGCUAAAGCGAUCAUAAGUGAAGCUCGUCAAAAUCUGGCUAGAAUGGUAGGAGGACAGCCCCAGGACAUCAUCUUCACUUCUGGUGGGACGGAGGCAAACAACUUGGUGAUCCACACUGCAGUGAGGUAUUUUAGAGAAGGCAACAAGCAGAGGCAUGAUGGACUCAAAAAUCAAAAGAAAACUCUGGGGAUGUGUCCACAUUUAAUUACGUCUUGCAUUGAACAUGACUCAGUCCGUCUCCCUGUGGAACACUUAGUGAAAGAACAUGAGGCUGAAGCCACUUUUGUCCCAGUGUCCAAAGCAACUGGGCAGGUGGAAGUAGAUGAUGUCAUUGCCGCAGUCCGUCCAACCACAUGUCUGGUUUCUAUCAUGCUGGCCAAUAAUGAGACCGGAGUUGUCAUGCCAAUCUCAGAGCUCAGUCAGCAGAUUCAAGCUCUGAAACACAGGAGAGUGGCAUCUGGUCUGCCACGAAUCUUGGUACACACAGAUGCAGCGCAGAUGAUAGGAAAGGGCCACGUGGAUGUGCAGGAUCUGGGAGUGGAUUACCUCACUAUUGUGGGGCACAAGUUUUAUGGCCCACGGAUCGGAGCUCUGUACGUGCGAGGACCCGGUAUUGCUACACCUCUCCAUCCCAUGCUGUUUGGAGGUGGACAGGAAAGUAAUUUGCGUCCUGGGACUGAGAAUACACCAAUGAUUGCUGGUCUUGGUAAGGCAGCAGAACUGGUGAACAAGCACUGUGAAGCAUAUGAGACUCACAUGAGGAAAAUCCGGGAUUACCUGGAAGAGAGGCUUAAAGCUGUGUUUGAAGAACCAGGAAUCCAUUUCAACUGUCGACUGGAAGGCUCUAGGCGACUCUGCAACACCAGUAAUUUUUCUAUACUGGGUUCAGGAUUACAAGGUCGACUGGUGCUGUCUCGGUGCAGGACUCUCCUUGCCAGUGUUGGUGCUGCAUGCCACUCUGAGAAGGGUGACCAGCCAUCAUCAAUCCUGCUUAGCUGUGGAAUUCCUUACCAUGUGGCACAGAAUGCCCUGCGCCUCAGUGUGGGGCGUGAUACCAGCAAAGAAGAUGUGGACCGCAUUGUGGAAGAUCUGAAGCAGGCUGUGGCUCAGCUGUGAUAGGUCAGAUUCUCAUAGGGCCAAACCACAUGAGAU